GUUCUCUCUCGGUGUGAAAGCGGCUCGAGCUCUGACAGCCUCUCCCCUCCAUCCACAGCUGAUGAGGCCGCUGAGGGUGAGGAGGACACCGGGCAGGGACACCGACCGUCUCCGGUCAAUCACCGAACAUUCAAACCGGUCGACGAGAAAAAAAGAUCGUUUCUGAUUUUCCGUGUUCCGGGUCGGAUUCCGGCGGGUGCAGCUGCUGCAGCGGGGGAGAUGCUGCAGCCUGCAGGGAGGCGUCAUUAAAACACAAACAGGACUUUAACGGAGAACCGGGAGGAUUAUAAAAUCCGGAUCGAUGUGUCAUCACAUGUCCGAGAGGAAGUGAAAAUGUGACCAUCAGCAACAUCCGCCUCUCCGCCUGGAAAUCAUCUCUGAAUUAAAGCUUCAGAUCACGUUUUCCAGUCAGCGUGACACCACGAGAUUUGGAUUUCUCUACUCGCUGCAGCUUCCUCGUUUUAUCUCCAUCAUGAAGUUAUCCGGAUUUAUUUAUGAAACUAAGAAACUGAGCACUUGUGACUACAACCUUGUGAUACAAGUGCUCAUAUUAAUGUUAAAAAUCAAAAUUUAAACUUCAGAUUUGAGAUUUAAACUUUUUUGUUGACAAAAAAAAAUCUUUUGAGUUGCUGAGCUGGAGCUUUUUGCCAGAUCACAGAUUCUCUUCCUCUACAUUUUCAGUCUAAAAAAUGUAAACAAAUAUAUUUUUAAAUGAGAGCAGAUGGUGAUCUGACACAGGAAAACAAAGGACGGUGGCUUUGGAGGGACAAAAACACAUUAAAGCAUCUCUGAACAAGAAAGGGAACUCUUGAACGUGAUUUUGACGUUUCAGAAUUUUUGUAAAUUUUUGCAAAAUUAAAUCUUGGGAGGAAGACGCACCUGAGAAACGUUUGAACCGCCAUCCAAAGAAACUGUCGCACCUUUAUAGAGAACUCAACAUUUAAAACUUGACGUCACUUCGUGCGAUGUUGGACCCGGUGAAGAUGAAGGAGUCGUGCAGGAUCUGCGCCCGCGAGCUCUGCGGCAACCAGCGCCGAUGGAUUUUCCACCCGGCCGCCAAGGUGAACCUCCAGGUGCUGCUCUCCCACGCUCUGGGCCGCGAGCUGAGCCGGGACGGGCGCGGCGAGUUCGCCUGCUCCAAGUGCACCUUCAUGCUGGACCGGAUGUACCGCUUCGACACGGUCAUCGCCCGCGUGGAGGCGCUGUCCCUGGAGCGCCUCCACAAGCUGCUGCUGGAGAAAGACCGGCUCAGGCAGUGCAUCGGGGGGCUGUUCCGCAAGAACAACGCCGAGGAGGACGGGAAUAACGCGGGACAAGCCGGCGCCGUCAUGGAGGUCAUAGUGACGGAGGCGGGGUCUGAGGACUCUCCUGUGGUGGAUCUGUCCGCCCUGCAGGAUGUGAGGUACUCCGACAUGAUCCAGGACGACCUCACAUACUCUGUGUAUGAAUCCUGGGCCGAUAAGGAGGACGCCACCCCGGAACAAAACACCCACCAGCACCACCUCCUCCACUGCCCCGCCGGAGACGCUCUCCCGGGGCAGAAGCCGCGGCGCUGUAAGGGGUGCGCGGCGCUCCGGGUCGCCGAUUCCGACUACGAGGCGGUGUGCAAGGUGCCGCGGAAGAUCGGGCGCAGGAGCACAUCCUGUGGCCCGUCCACACGCUACUCACCGUCCAAUCAGGGAGCGGAGGAUGCUGCUCGAUCCUCUGAGGCGUCCGACACCACCACGGUCGCCUUCGAGUCCUCUUUAGCGGACACCGAUAAGACCUUGUGUGACAGGACGACCCCCAGCCUGGCGUCCUCCGUAGAAUCUCUGGAGACCGCCGUGGACGCGGGCCGCACUCCGGUGAACCACAAAGAGAGAGAAGAAGACGCAGAGCCAGAGAAAGAUCCAGAGGAGGCUCCAGUGAGGAGGGAGCCUCUGUGGGACCGUGCCCCCAGUGAGAGCUCCCUCUCUGGGCUAGAGGGGACGCUGACCCUCCUGAGGAGUCUGGAGUACCGGCCGGUGAAGACUCGGAGAGGCAGCCGGCUCCCCGUCCUGAUCAAAGCCAAAGUGGAGCAGAGUCUGUCGCUGCACCUUCCCCUUCAGCCGAGGUCGCCCUACGGAGGGGCGGCGGACUGUUACCUGUACCCCCAGCAGCAGGUGACCCCAGAGGUCGUGACCCCGUGCGCCCAGCAUGAGCUGCAGGCGGAGCUGGCAGAGAUGGAGGAGCAGUGGAUGGAUGAUUAUAUUCAGUGUGGGCCGUUCCGCUUCCAGCAGAGGCUGAUCGAUGAGCAGCAGGGUCAGCUCGGUCAGUACGAGAGCGCUGCGGGUCAGUGUGUGGGCGAGCUGCAGAAAGCCCAGGAGCAGGUCCGCUCGCUGCAGGCCAAGAUCAGAGAGAGCGAGACCAGGAACCAGAAGCUGCAGAAGCGUCUGGGCGACAUGGAGCUGGAGCUUCAUUCAGCUCAGGAGGAAGCGCAGAGACAGGAGAGAAACAUCCAGAACAUCAGUGACACGGCCAACUCCAAAGACGCACAGGCUGCAGAGCUGUGUCGCGUCAUCGAGGAGCAGAAUAAGAUGCUGUGUUCCCUCAAAGAGUUCGCCAGCCGCAGCCAGCUGCAGCAGCUGCAGGUUUCAGGUACAGAGAGUAUCCGGGGUCACGGCGAGGUGCUGGCCCUGCAGGCGUCUCUCUUCCAGGCUCAGCUGGAGCUGCAGGCCGGCCAGCGCGGGCAGAGACAGGCGGCCAGGACGCAGGACGACCUGAACCGAGCCCUGCAGAGGCUGGAGAAGGACCUGCAGGGGGCGCUGCAGCACAGGAGGGAGACGGAGAGACACAGCCAGGACCUGCAGCUGGCUCUGGAGACGGCUCGAUCGGCCCUGCAGGAGAGAGAGGAGCAGCUGAGAGAGCGAGAGCAGGAGAGGCAGAGCGAGGACGAGGAGAGAGAGAGGACCAUCCGAGAGCUGAAGACGUCUCUGCUCAGCAAAGAGCAGCUGAUUGAGGACUGUGAGCUGUUGGAGGAUCCGAAGGAGAAGAGAGACUCUCUGCUUCAGAAACUCCGUCAGCGAAUCAAAGAGAGGGACCGAGCUCUGGAGCGAGCCGUGGACGAGAAGUUCCGCUGCGUGGAGGAGAAAGAGGAGGAGCUUCGUCGUCUCCAGCUGCUGCUCAGAGAGAAGGAGAGAGACCUGGAGAGGCAGCGCUGCGUGCUCACCAACAACGAGGAGACCAUCACUAGCCUGGAGGUGCUGCUGCGAGGUAAAGCUCUGGAGCUGGAGCAGGUGUGCGACGCCUGGAGGAGCGUGCAGCGUCAGCAGCAGGAGAGCGGAGAGAGACAGAGCCGCGCGCUGAGAGAGAGAGACGGCAUCAUCAGCCAGCUGCAGGGGGCGCUGCACGCCCGCACGCAGGAGGCUCAGGACCUUCGCUGCUCCCUGCUCGCUCAGAUCCAAUCAGCUCCCAGCGACGUCCUGGAGGAGCUGAAGGCCCGCCUCCUGCUCAAGGACCGCCUCUUCCAGGAAGUGCUGGCCGACCGGACCCGGCAGGCCCAGGACCACCAGGAGCAUGUCCAGGAUCUGCUCCAAACCAUCAGCUCCAGGGACCAGUACAUCCAGGACUCUGCGAGCCGGCUCGACGAGGUGAUGACGGAGCAGACGGCGAGGCUCCAGGAGCUCCGCAGACAGCUGAGCUCAGUCGUGGGAUCGAGUCGUGACUCGGGAGCGGACUCGGCGGUGGAGAUCCAGGCGCUGCAGGAGGAGCUGCGUCUGUCUCUGAGGAGGGAGAGGGAGAGCCACGAGCUGAGCCGGAGUCAGACUCACAGCGUGGAGUCACUCAGCCGGACGCUGCACGGGAAGGAGGAGCUGAUCAGGGACCUCCAGAGGCAGAUGGUGGACCCCUCAGCCCUCCCUCUAGUGGAGCGGUUGACUCAGGAGGUUCAGGAUCUGAGGGAGAGCAUGUUCCAGCAGGAGGCGCCCCCGGCCAGGGGCCCCGUUCUGGGCCGCGACCGAGCCGGCAGCAGGCAGCCUGAGUUUGGAGAGCUGAGCUCAGACGAUGAAGACGAGGCUGACGAGGAUUUGAACAGCGAGUACACGGAGAGCGUCGAUGAAGACGAGUCCAAACCGAGGCUCCAGACUAAGGCCUCUGGAAAGUCCCCGUCCUCUGAUCUGCUGUUUGAGGGUCAGGGGCUGGUGGAGGUCAAACAGCUGGUGGAGCAGAAGCGGGUGGUGGAGAGAGAGCUGGGGGAGCUGAAGGCUCAGCUGGAGAAGGCCGGCUUCUCCUCCCUCUCACAGAUGAGGAAAGCUCUGUUCAGCCUGCGAGCAGAGAACGAAGAUUUAAAGCAUCACCUGCAGCCUGACAGGAAGCAGAGUCAUGAACAGAAGGUGUUGGAGGAGGAGGAGGAGGAGGAAGAGGAGGAGCUGGAUGUGACCAUAGAGGGGGUGGAGGAGGAGGAAGAGGAGGAGGAGGAGGAGGAGGAGAGCUCUGGGAUCUGGGACGCCUGGGAUACCGAGAUGUCUCUGUCACAGCAUGAUCAGAGCGCCACCAACGGGCCGGCGUCUCUGCAGCUGCUCAACAACUCCUCACAGGACGGUGCAGACAGCGAGCUCUCGGCAGCUCAGUCCUCUGUGAAGUGUGAGAAGACGGUUCGUCUGCAGCAGAAGAGCGAAGAGCUGCGUGAGCGACUGAUGGUGUCUGAAGCCACGGUGCAGGCCCAGGCCGAGCAGCUCAAAGACUACAGAGAGCUGCUCACGGAGACAGCGGUGAAGCAGGACAGUAAACAGAUCCAGGUGGACCUGCAGGAUCUGGGCUACGAGACCUGCGGCCGCAGUGAGAACGAGGCGGAGAGGGAGGACACCAGCAGCCCGGAGUUUGACGACCUGGAGAUGUGUACGUCUCUGGACUGCGGCUCUCAGUGGUGGCCGGUGACGAGCGGCAGCAGCAGCUCCACCUUCCCUAAAACCACCACCCAGAGCUCCGGAUUGGUGGAGGACACGUCGUCGCUGCAGCGCCUGGUGGAGGACCUCCGCUCCCAGCUGUCCCGCUCUCAGGCGGUGAUCCGCGGGCUGCAGAGCCGCCUCCGCUCCCUCUCCACCUCCAGCGACUGUGGACCCUCCACUCCGAGGAAAGUCAACUGGUCCUUCCAGCCGUCGUCCUCUCAGAGCGGGGCGGAGGAGGACGAGGGCUGGCAGUCGUCUGACGGAGGUCCUCUGGCCUCUCCGCGUCACCCCCGCCCUGACAGAGGCCUGCAGGAGCUGGUGUCCCGAGUGGACGCUCUGGAGGAUCAGCUGAGGAAAGAAGGCAAGAAGUCGGUCGGCACCGAUGCAAAAUCUGCAACCUGGCCCGGUAAAUUCGACACUCUGAUCCAGGCUCAGGCCAGAGAGCUGUCUCACCUCCGCCAGCGCCUGAGGGAGGGUCGCGGCGUGUGCAACAUCCUCACCCAGCACCUGGGCGACACCACCAAGGCCUUCGAGGAGCUGCUGAGGGCCAACGACAUCGACUACUACAUGGGCCAGAGCUUCAGGGAGCAGCUGGCUCAGAGCGGGGCGCUCGCACAGAGGGUCGGCGCCAAGAUCAGCGGACGAGAUCACGCUGAAGAUCCAGAUGAGAAGACAGAGCUGCUCGCCAUCCGGCUGAGUAAGGAGCUGCAGCAGAAAGACAAAGUCAUCGAGUCUCUGCGCGCCAAACUCAACCAGCAUCACACCCACCACCAUCCUCAUCGCUCUGACACGCCCUGCAGCGGCCGCGCCCUCUCGGACACGACCGACCAAUCGGAUGAUCGCAUCUCCUACGUGUCCGACGAGCACGGCUCGGCCAACGACGACCUGGAGCUCUGCUCCGAUGUGGACGCUGCCAGCGAGCUCGGUCAGAAGGAAACACAGACGUCGUCGUCGUCUGCCAGACUGAGCACGGAUCACCUCUCUCACAGCGGCUCCACGUCCCAUCACCCGUCUGCCCCUCCCUCCAUCACCUCAUCCCACAGAUCCCCGUCCUGCCUCAGCUGUCCCAGCAUGCAAUGCCCCAACUCGCCAUUUAAACCUGCAGACAUGCAGAGUCACACAGCUCCAGUCUUCACCUUUCAGCCUCCCCUCUCCUCAUCCCACACUCAGAGGGUCCCUUUGCCCCUCCAUCCUCACCCCACGCCCCUGCGGAGCUCGUACCAAGGCGGCGGGGGAGCAGGUUUCUCCCUGGCCGAGGUGCAUCAGGAGCUGCAGAUGCUGCAAAGGCAGCUGGGAGACACGGAGAGGUUUUCGACCCCUCAGUCCAAACCUCUCCAGGGUUUCCCGUUCGCUCACCAGCAGCCCGACUCGUCCUCCUUCCUCCCGCUCUCCUUCCACGGAUACCAGCCGUCUCCGUUCAGCAGCGCUACCGGCAGCAGUCUGGACGCCAGCAUGGCGAUGAAGGCCGGGGCCAGCCUGCUGGAGAGUAGUGCAUUGUGGGAUAUGGGCUAUGGAGCCAGACCAGUCAGACUGGGAGCUGACCUGUCUUCAGGAUCGUCUGGUUACCAGUCAGGCACCAGUAACACGGGUUCCGACCUGAUGAAGGAGCACCUGAGGGAGAUCAGGAGUCUGAGACAGAGACUGGAGGACUCCAUCCAGACCAACGACCGCCUCCGACAGCAGCUGGAGGAGAAGCUGGCACGCACCACCACGGAGAAAGGUGCUCCUACCAACAUCUACAUCCAGGGUCUGGACUCGGUCAGUCAGCUCUCCAGUGAGAUCAGACUCCUGAAGGAGGAGAACGUCAGUCUGCAGAACCAGCUCAAACAAGCCACCAGAGAGGGCAGUAAGGAGGCGGAGCAGCUGAGGGAGGCGUCGCUCCUGGACCGGGCCAGGUUAAAGGAGGCGGAGCUAGAAGCUGUGAGGUGGGCGGAGCAAAUCAGGAAGCAGCAAAGUGAGGAUGAAGGCCGAACUCGUGAGAUUUCACAGCUGAAACAGGACAGACUGCGGAACCAGGAGGCCGUCAACAGACUCCAGCAUGAGGUGAGCGUCCUCCAGCAGCAGCUUUCUGAGAGCCGCAGUUUGGUCCACGGUCUUCAGUGUGAGCUGCAGGUGUACCACAGAGUGUGUGGAGUCCCUGCAAACACACACACAGGUAAAGCCGGUGACGGCGCCCAUCUGGGACACAGCAGUGCGGCGUUUGACCCCAAAGAGCUGCACAGUCAGCUGGAGCAGCAGCUGAGCAGACAGAGCGACGCGCUGCCUCGCUCCAGGAGGAAACUCUUCAACGAUAACGUCCCCUCACCGCCUGUGAGAGACACUGGACUCGUCAGCCCGUCUUCUCCUCUGCACACCGCUCAGAAACACAAAGAAGAAGCUGAAGACAGUCAGGCCUCGACUCUGCAGGGUCAGGCCCCAGACGGCUCGUUCGCAAACCGUCAUGGCCGACACGCAGUGGGCCACAUUGAUGACUUCAAGGCUCUGCAGCAGCAGAUCCUGGAGGGAUGCGCCCUCCUCCGAAAGAUGGAGGUCGGCCUGAGUUCUCUGAACGCGGCGCAGGAGUUCAGGCUUCAUCAGCUUUCAGAUUCAGGUUCUGUCAGGAAGCUGCUUUCUGACGCUAAAACUCUCCGACAGAUCCUGGAGGAGUCAGACUCUCUGCUCCGGAUGUUCUGGAGAGCUGCUCUGCCUGACAAAAGUGAAACCAAACAGGAUCAGUCUCUGAGGGAGGAGGUCGUCUCUCUGCGUCUGAGGCUCUCUGAGAAAGAGGAGGCUCUAAAGGACGCCAUGGAGAGAGUGAAGAGCUCCAACCUCACCAAAGAUAGCAUGGAGCACUUUAUAGUCAGCCAACUGUCGAGGACCCGGGACGUGUUGAGGAAAGCAAAGACAAACUUACAGGAGAACCAGCUCAGGAUUUCCUCCCUGCACCGCGCCCCUUUCUCUACUCCCCCUUCCCCUGCCUCCUCUUUUCCAUCCCCCCUCUCCUCUUCCUCCUCUCCCUCACACCCCUGGUUCAGCAAAGGUGAAAACGCCGGAGGCUUCUGUGAGCUCGCCUUCUCUCCUGGUUGGGGUGUCGUGAGGCCUCUGACUUCCUCCUCCUCUUCCUCUACUGUUCAGGGAGCAGCGCAUCACCACGAGCGCCCCCUGCAGUCAGCGCUCCUGUAGUGCACCAGCCCCAAGCUCCUCCUCCUCAUAAUCAACACCUACAGUUCAAAUAGAAAACGCUGUAAGGUUCUGGCUCUCUUAUUGGCUGGAGGAACAUUUCAGUUGAGUGACGUCCGUCUGAGUGUAGAGGAAUGUUUGUGUUGUCAGAUUUCUGUAGGUCGCUGAGAGUGACUAAAUGUUAAAGAGUGUAGUUUUUUAUUAUGGGUGAGAUGUGUGUGCAGGUGCUGAGAGGAGAGGACAUCAACUGAAAUGUUUUUUCUUCUUCAUACGAGACCAGACUGAGCUCGGCUGAAGUUGGCUUAUUAUUCAGAGUUUCUCAUUUUCCCACCUUUUUCACAAAGACCUGAGUGACGUGUCGCCCGUCUGUUACUGCAACGAUGGGCGGGCUCCAUGCUGGAAAUCUGGUCUCACCAUGACUUUCAGGGCGUGCACAAACCAAUGUGGGUCGUCACCCUCGAUUUAGUUUUGGUCUUUUUGCCUUUACUCGAGAGGACACUGGAUAGAGUAAGUAAUCAGGGAGAGACAUGCGGGAAAGGAGCCACAAGUCGGACUUGAACCUGGGCCUGCACGCUUUGAGGACUUCAGCCUCCAUACAUGCGGUGCGACCUAUUGGCUAUACGUCCCUAUGUCCACUUUUUCAAACAGUCUAUGGCUCAACCGUUACAUUAUUUAACGUUAGGUUGGUUUGAGUCGAUAAAAAACAUCUACUUUCUGCUUUUGAACAUGAUAAUUUGUCCUGGUUUUGCAACACAAGUGGAAGAUAUCCCUCUUAUCUCUUCAAUCAGACGUUCAGAAUCAGAAGCCGACUUCAGCCUCGUUCUUCAGCAGGGACUCAAGAAACAAAACUCCACAUGACACCAGCAGGAAAGGGGCUUUAAAAAAAAAAGAAGAGCCAAAACCAAACUGCAAAGUGCUUCCUGUCGGUCUCUGUCGAGCCUCAUGUUUGUAGUUAAGCGUGUAGAAUAGUUGCAUGUGCUUUGAGCAGCUUGUGGAAACAAAGCCAUACUCUCUGAUGAAACAGUAGAUUUUGAUUAGUCCUCAUUGUACAACAAGUGUCAUAAAAAUGGCCGACUACUGAUACAACACUAGAACUACCAGUAGGCAGUUUAGUCAUAGCUGGUAGACGAUGUUUCCUCACAUUUACUCAGAUUUAAAUCUCCAGAUUCAUCCACUCCAGAGUAUUACUGUUAAAAAAAAAAAAAGGAGUCCGUUCUCGUCAGAUAUUUAAAAAAAGAAAAGGGUCCAACCCAGUUUGUCCUGCUGAAACAUAAAACCUGCAGAGAUGGAAAACCUUCUGAUGGAGCUGCUGAGGCGUGCAGCUGCAUAAUGAACCAGUGUUAUUAAAAUAAAACAAGCAUGAGGUACAGACCCACAGGAGAAGAUUGAUUAAUGUAAGAGUGCACGGUCCAAGAGAGAUGACAUUUCAGCUUUAAAACCAGAAUGCGGACCACACUUUUUUAGCUUUUUUUAAUAUAAAUAUUUAGGUGUAUUUUUAUUUUCAUGCUUAAUUUGUGAAUAUUUCUACUUCCCUAGAGGUGACAAUCACUUUCAAGACAACAAUCAAUUCUUAGUCAUCUUUAAUUUAGGAUGCUUUCUCUGAAUCCUUGGCAGGAUCUCUGAUGCUCACUGUGCAAAUCAACCUUUCUGGAAUUUUGGUAUUCUACACUGGCUUUCUUUCUUUUUGAGUUCUUCUUGAUUUCUCUGUAUAGUAGCGUAGCUGACUGUUUUUUUGUGCAUGAACUGUGGCGUCAACGCCCUUUAUAUUACUUUGAUGAAAAAUAUGCAAUCUUUUGGGUUACUGUGCAAUAAUAGCCUUUAUGGUUUGCAUUUUGUGGAUGUUUGGGUUGUUAAAGUGCCAUGUUUUCUGUUCAAGCUUAGAUGAUAAUCUCCAGCUUUUUGACAAUCAAGGAGUUUUAACGGGCCUCUCAUUUUGAGCUUAAGGGUCACAUAUUAUGUACCAUGUUCCUCUAACACUAAUGGGUGUGUCUAGUUCCCCCAAUGAUGAGAAAAGUCCAUCCUCUCCGUCUUCUUCCUGCUCCACUUUUCAGAAAAUGUGUGCUCAAACAGGCCGUUUGGAGAUUUUCCCUUUAUGACAUCACAAAGGGCAGUAGCCCCUCCCCCAGGUGGGUGACACUCCCACAGCUAGGUGUUUGUUCUGCCCUCUGAGUCUGACUUCUCACCGUAAACAAUAGGACAUGGAGCGAGAAAGCACCGAGUACACCCGAGCCCUUCCAGAGAGGGGGCGUGGUCAGACGCAGCUCAUUUACAUAUUUAAAGGUACAGACACAGAAACAGCCUGUUCUGAGCAGGGCUGAAAUAGAAGGGUUUAUAGACAUGAUCAAAUACAGGAUCAGAGUGGAUUUAGAACCAGAAACUUCACACACAUGUUUUGAGGAGCUCUGAGACGUAUUUAAGGAGUAUAAUAUGUGACCUUUAAUGUGAUUUAGCGUUUAAAACAAAAAGUGGAAAAGUAGCAUCGUAAAAACGCACUAGAGCUACAUAUUUAUAAAAGCAAUAAGAUCAACCAAAGUGGACAACUUGCGUAUUGAUGAAUCAGGUGUACAAAUAGUUGAAGUUGAAGUGUUCAGUUGUGUUUUCUCCCGCAGGUCAAACUCAGUGUCUUUCUCGGUGUCUGUGUGGUUUCAUGAACCACAGCUCAUGUAUGUACAGAUUCAAGACGAGAGCGUACAUCAAUGCAAGUUUUUAUUUGAUGCUGUUGGACAAAGACCAGCUGUAUUUCUAUGCAUGUUCUCUUUAUAAAAAAAAAUGUUUUGGGGUAAAAAGAAAAUAACCUUUUUAAUAAAAAGGGACAAAACAACA